AUGACUAGGAUCGCCCGGAAAAAGCUUGUUGUGGUUGGUGAUGGUGGAUGUGGAAAGACAAGUUUGUUGGUUGUGUAUCAAAACGGUGCCUUUCCAGAGCGUUAUGUGCCAACAGUAUUUGAAAAUUAUAUCGCAAACGUCCAGCUAGAGAAUGGUAAACACGUUGAGCUUGCCCUGUGGGAUACAGCUGGUCAGGAAGACUAUGAUCGAUUGCGACCAUUGUCCUACCCAGAAACAGACGUUGUUCUGAUCUGCUUUGCCAUUGAUUUGCCGACCUCAUUUGCAAAUGUCCAAGAUAGGUGGCUUCCAGAAGUAACCCAUUUUUGCGAGAAUGUACCAAAGUUGUUGGUGGGAACAAAGAUAGAUUUACGUGAUGAUCGGAAUCGAAUUGGCCAACUGAAUGCACUUGGCCAUCACUUGAUCACCAGUGAGGAAGGUGAUAAGCUGGCUAAGGAUAUUGGAGCAAAGUACUAUGAGUGUAGUGCCAAGCGAAACCAGUUUGUGGAUGAGGUAAUCACAGCUGCGACAAAGGCAGCAAUGUCUGGGGGAAUCAUGCGUCUACACAAAAAGCUCUGUAUUGUAUUGUAA